AUGGCUAUCCGGAUUAGUCCAGAUGAAUGUUCAUCUGCCAAACAUGCAAUGCAUCAAGAACCUCUAUCUCUUGGCACCAUCAUUGACAUGGUUAUAUCAACUCUUGACAAAAAUUAUACUUGGCGCCAUGCCUCGAACUCUCAAAGUUUUAUUUUUAUCUUCUUCAGUCAUUAUAUUGUAUGUAUCCUCAAAUUAAUAUAUCACUCACAACAUAUAGCAGGUCUGUGCACAUGUAACCAGAUCAGCUUUGGUACCAGUGGAAAUAGGCAAAACCCCACUGUAAAAUGCGGAAUAUUCACAAUAGUAUGCCUGAAUUUCCCCAUGUGUAUUUAUUGUUAUUUUUCCAGUGCUUACCUCGACAAGACUAUCUCAAAAGACCCACAUGUCAUAGCCAACCAGACAGCAGACCAACUGGAAAAUGUUGGUAGAGCCAGGGAAGCUGCUGAGUUGUGCAUGAGCGUCAUGAGCUCAAAGGACAAAGAAAAAUGGGACGCAGUGAUCAAGAAAGUAUUGUUUGAGAUUGGUAAUCACGUCAAGCUCACGCAUGAAGGUCGUUUUGGUUUGGAGCCACAGUUCAAGGGUCCAUUUAUUGUGAUGAACAAGAACAACAAAUAUGGUACGUAUCAGCUCAAAACCAUGGAAGGAAAACCUCUUGCAUCAUGGGUUCACGUCGACUGGUUAUACAAGACAAAUGGUGAUGCCCCUAAUGACACUUGGUACAAUCCAACCGCCUAUUGCUCAGCCUGGCUUGCUGCCAUGACACUCCUUGACACCAAAAUUCCAAAUGACGCGGUUGACCCUGUGGCUUCACCUGAUGACAUUGGUGCUCAUGGACAAUCACAAAGCCAGGAGGGGAUAAUGUCAGAGUUGACAUUGGUAACCAAAAUCGGGAGUUACAAGCAACCAGCAAUGGUUGACUUUUUAGGAUAA